ACAAGACCAGGAGUGCAAGGAAACAAAGUCCUCGCCGUGUAUAACAUAACAUGUCUCUUCAACACCCUCUCAAGCGCUGGACUCAACGGCCUCUUAUUUUCAAAUUCACCUCCGUCACACCCUCAUCCGCAACCCGCUUGCCAACCCGCCGCCCUUUCUCCCUCACGCCGUACGCGCAAAACCAGCUUCUCCAAAGGCAGACACCGCUGAAACCAGUCCAGCAAUCCCGAUUUCAAAAUACGUUCCGUGCCGGACGCGCUUUCCACAGCACGCGGCCCCGGUCUAACAAAUCCUCUGGAUACGCAUACCAAUCCCCGAACGCGGCGCCCUCCCUCUCACAGCGUCUCAAGACCUUGUCCCGGGAAUAUGGUUGGUCUGCUCUCUGGAUAUACCUUUUUCUCUCGGCGUUGGACUUUCCGUUCUGUUUUGCGGCUGUGAAACUUCUGGGCGCCGACAAGAUCGGUCAUUACGAGCAUGUUGUUGUUGAAAGCAUCAAAGGAGGUGCUAACAAGGUUUGGCCCGGGGCGUUUGAGGAAUCCAAGGAGGAAGAGGACGAAGGGCAGGGAUCCGAAACUCAAGCUAUUGAGAAGAAGAAGGGGCCAGCUGAGGAAGCUAGUCUAUGGACCCAGUUGGCUCUUGCUUAUGCCAUCCACAAGAGUUUCAUUUUCGUGCGUGUGCCUCUGACAGCGGCUAUCACGCCAAAGGUUGUCAAGCAGCUGAGGAAAUGGGGCUGGGAUGUGGUGAAGGGCAAACCGAAAGCCAAAUAGUUUUCGUUUCCUGCCAAUGCAUUUCCCUACACAUUGUAUUAUUGCCUACUUGAACCUGUCGGACGACCUGUGGCCUGUGUUAUACCACAUCGGGCUUUCUAAUUGUUGCAUAGCGUUCUUUAAAUUAGAUAUUGGACACCUUAGUGUUGUACAUUGUACAUUAGUUAGAUCUAAUCCCUCCACUCUCGCAGUUUUGUCACCGGGUAUUCGCCAAACAGGGGGGUUAUGAGAUAGAAAAGAAUAAAAAACUUGAUCCAGGUCUUUCUCAUUCACCAAAAAAAACGGAAAACUUUCAACAAAGAGAAGCAACACUAAAAAACAAAUGCUGCUGAUGAAAAUGCAAUAAAACAACACACAGAUAGCCACCGAUGAAAAAAAAAAAA